AUGGGCUUUGCCGAUAUCCUGGAGAGGGUCGGGAGUGUUGGAAGGUUCCAAGUCAUCCAUAUUUGUAUGCUGGCCUUCCCGGUACUAUUCAUGGCUAGCCACAAUCUCCUUCAGAACUUUGUGGCCAUAGUGCCCGACCAUCACUGUCGCGUCCACUUUAUGGGUUUGAACGCGUCAAGGUACGCGAACAUCACAAGCCAGCCGCAGGCGGAGGGGCUGCUCCGAGCCUUCAUCCCCCUGGACCGGGAUCGGCAGCCGGAGCGAUGCCUGGUGUAUUCCUCGCCCCAGUGGCACCUCCUGAACCUCAGCGAGAUCCAGGGCAACGCCACGGAGCUCGGCACCCAGUCCUGCCCGGACGGCUGGACGUACGACACGUCCAGGUUCAAAGCCACCAUCGUUUCAGAGUGGGACCUCGUCUGCAACAGUAAGUCUCUGAGACAAAUGGUGCAGUCGGUCUACAUGGGCGGAGUGUUGGCGGGAUCCAUCGUACUGGGAUGGCUUUCAGACAGGUUCGGGAGGAGGACUCUCCUGCUCUGGUCCCACUUCCAGAUGGCAGUGUCGGGGACCUGCGCUGCGUUCUCCUCCUCCUAUCCCUUGUUCUGCUUCUGGAGGUUUCUCUGUGGGAUGGCGCUGUCCGGGAUUAUCCUCAACAUCUUCUGCCUGAGUCUUGAAUGGAUCCCGAUGAGAGUGCGAACCAUGGUUUCAACUUAUUUCAAUUAUUCCUACACGUUUGGUCAGCUGAUCCUGGCUGGCAUAGCUUUUGCAAUCCGAGACUGGCGCUGGCUUCAGUUCACUGUAGCUGUUCCGUUUUACGUCUUCUUUCUGUCCUCAUGGUGGUUCCCGGAGUCAGCCCGAUGGCUCAUCCUGAAUGGCAAGGCCGACGUGGCUCUGAAACAUCUCCAGCGGGUUGCAAAACUGAACCGCAAGGAGGAAGAUGGGGAGAAACUCACCACUGCUAUCCUCAAGUCCAGCAUGGAAAAGGAGAUAUCAAACGUCAAGGGAAAAUACAGUGUGCUGGACCUGUUCAAAACACCCGUCAUGUGCAAGACAGCCUACUGCACUAUGCUUGUUUGGUUUUCAACCAGUUUUGCCUACUACGGGUUAGCGAUAGACCUGCAAGGAUUCGGCGUUGAUAUUUACCUCAUCCAGAUCAUUUUCGGAGCCGUGGACAUCCCAGCAAAGCUCAUUGGGGUUGUGACGUUAAGUUAUAUCGGCCGCCGGUUCACACAAGGUACCUCCCUCAUCCUUGCGGGGAGCAUCAUUAUCACAAACAUCCUCAUUCCAAAAGACAUGCAGACCCUCCGGACGUCAUUCGCUGCUAUUGGGAAGGGAUGUCUCGCAACUGCGUUCAGCUGCUGCUACCUCCACGCUGGUGAACUCUACCCAACUGUGGUCAGGCAGACAGGAAUGGGUCUCGUGACCACCAUGGCCCGCAUAGGAGCGAUGGUGGCCCCGGUUGUGAAAAUAACGGGCGAUUACGUUGCGUUUCUGCCGAUGGCGACGUACGGCGGCAUGGCGAUCAUCUCCGGAAUUGCCGGCUUUCUCCUUCCAGAGACUCUCAAUGUCCCAUUGCCAGACACCAUCGAGGAGGUGGAGAGCAGAGCCAAAAGAGGAACUGAGAAAGAUGCAGAGCUGAAGAAGGACGAAAUUCCACUACAAGAGACGCACAUGUCAAAGAUGGAGCAGACCAUUUAACCAAAGAAGGGAUGGUCUCAAUAACUCAGCAGCUCUCUCAAAUGUAAUGUCCCAGAGGGAAAUCUAAACUAGUCACACUUGAAGAUGAACGUACUGUCAUUUGAGGUAAAAAAAAAGACUGGUCAGACCACAGUGUGUCAUCCACAAGUUUUUGCUGGUAUUUCCUUCGUUCACUUUUUCAUGUUGUGUUGGAUUCUCAACCAGAAAGAUUUCUGCUGCU